AUUUUGUGAAGCUGCACCGGGUUUCAUAAAGGCAGCGUUACGGAUAUGCGGUUAUUUAUGGUAUUUGCAAUUGUCAUAUUUGCAAUGCCAAUAACCGGAUUUGGUUGGGCUGAGGGCUCGAAUAUUCUACUUGAUCCAGAUUUAAUGUGCAAAAAGACACGUCGUCUACGUGGUAAAAUGGCUGAAAUUUGCCGACGCGAUUCUGCCCUCCUGAAAGAGAUCAUCAACGGCAUUAAUCUAGGCUUCCGAGAAUGUGAAUUUCAAUUUCGAAAUCGUCGCUGGAAUUGUUCAACGUUACGCAAAAGCAUGAGAAAAAUCUUAAUGAGAGAUACCCGCGAAACGGGCUUUGUUAAUGCCAUUACAGCGGCCGGUGUCACCUAUGCUGUAACGAAAGCCUGUACCUUGGGCAAUCUGGUGGAAUGUUCCUGCGAUAAGAGUCAUUCACGUCGAAAUGGUGGUCAACCUCAGAUGGUUAAUGCUGCGACAGCUGUAGCCGCAUUGGAAAAACAACAGGCCGUUUUUGAAAGAAAUUCCACACGAAAUCCUCUGCGAAAGGGGAAUGGUAAUCGACGACGGAGGCUGUUGAAAAAUUUAAAAUUUCCCGAAGGUGAAUGGGAAUGGGGUGGUUGCAGUGAUAACGUGAAUUUCGGAUUUCGUCAUUCGAGAGUAUUCUUGGAUUCGAAAUAUCGUCGGAGAAGUGAUUUUCGUACUCUGGUCAAGCUGCACAAUAAUAUGGCAGGACGAUUGGCCAUACGCGAUUCAGUUCGACUAGAGUGCAAAUGUCACGGCCUGUCCGGAUCAUGUACCGUAAAAACCUGUUGGCUGAAAAUGCCCUCAUUUCGUGAGGUAGGCAAUCGGCUGCGGGAAAAAUUCGAUUCAGCCUAUAAGGUGGUGCUGCGAAAUGAUGGCAACAGUUUUAUGCCAGAAAGUGAAUACGUCAAACCACCCUCGAAAUAUGAUUUGGUCUAUUCCGAUGACUCGGCCGACUUUUGUGCACCGAAUAUUCGAACCGGUUCAUUGGGUACACAAAAUCGUGAAUGUAAUGCCACAUCACUGGGACCUGAUAGCUGUGAUCUGUUAUGCUGUAAUCGUGGACAUCGACAUCACAUUGUCUCCGAAUGGGUUAAUUGUAAGUGUGUCUUCAAAUGGUGCUGCGAGGUGACGUGUGAAAAAUGUCUUGAAAAACGGGAAAUUAAUACGUGUCUGUAG